AUGCAGCGCCAUGGAAGAGGGUGGAGUUUACGUCAGCUAGACGUUCAGAACGCGUUUCUUCAUGGUGUUCUUGAGGAAGAAGUGUUCAUGCGGCAACCACAUGGGUAUGAGAACAAAAGCACACCUCAUUUUGUCUGCAAGUUGGACAAAGCUUUGUAUGGCUUAAAACAGGCUCCAAGAGCCUGGUACUCCAGGUUGAGUACUAAGUUGCAACAACUUGGGUUUAUUCCAAGCAAGGCAGAUACCUCAUUAUUCUUUUAUCAUAAAGGCAACAUCUCUAUGUUUGUUCUUGUCUAUGUUGAUGAUAUAAUUGUUGCUAGUUCCAGUUCAGAAGCUACUACCUCUCUUCUUCGUGAUCUCAAUGUGGAGUUUGCACUCAAGGAUUUGGGUAAUCUUCACUACUUUCUUGGUAUAGAGGUAAGACAGAUCAAGGAUGGAAUACUUCUUACACAAGAGAAAUACACCACAGAUAUUCUAAGAAGGGUAGGACUGGAACAUUGCAAACCAGUAAGUACACCACUCUCCACUUCUGAGAAGCUUACAGUUGAAGGAGGUGAAUUACUUGGACCAAAUGAUGCAACGAACUAUAGGAGUGUUGUUGGUGCUCUGCAAUACUUAACAUUGACUAGACCUGAUAUUUCAUAUUCUGUCAACAAGGUAUGUCAGUUUUUACAUGCACCAAGUACAGUUCAUUGGACUGCAGUAAAGAGAAUUCUGAGGUAUCUAAAGUUUACAAUGAGACUUGGAAUCAAGAUUAUUAAGUCACCAUCCAUGCUAGUUAGUGCAUACUCAGAUGCUGACUGGGCAGGAUGCCCUGAUGAUAGAAGGUCCACAGGUGGUUUUGCUGUUUUUCUGGGAUCAAAUCUUGUGUCAUGGAGUGCAAGGAAACAGGCUACUGUGUCAAGAUCAAGCACUGAAGCAGAAUACAAAGCUCUUGCUAAUGCAACGGCUGAAAUCAUGUGGAUCCAGACUCUUCUAUACGAGUUGGGAAUCAAGGCUCCACAAGCUGCAAGGUUAUGGUGUGACAAUAUUGGUGCUACCUAUCUUUCUGCAAAUCCGGUGUUUCAUGCACGUACAAAACACAUAAAGGUUGAUUUUCAUUUUGUGAGAGAAAGAGUAGCACGAAAGCUACUUGAUAUCAAAUUUAUUCCCACAGAAGAUCAACUUGUGGAUGGCUUCACUAAACCACUUACCACGAGGAGACUGAAUGAGUUCAAGUACAAUCUAAACCUAGAGAAAUUUUCAUAGGUUUGGA